AUGAAGAUGCUGAAAACGUCCCGCGAACCCACCUCGAGCCGCUUCGAGCUCCUCUCCGAGGAGAUCGUCUUCUUAAUCCUCGAUUUCCUCGACGAGGACCCGGCUGACCGGAAAUCCUUCUCCCUGGUGAGCCGUUCGUUUUACGAAUUCGAGUCCCGGCAUAGGAGCUACCUGAAGCCCCUCCGCUCGGAGCACCUGGCGAAGGCGCUCGGCCGGUACCCGCACACGGCGGCUCUGGAUCUGUCGAUGUGCCCGAGGGUCACCGAUUUCUCGCUCGGGAUUAUCUCCACCCGGUGCAGGGGAAUGCUGAGAUCGAUCAAUUUGUCGCGUUCGGGGUUCUUCACGCACGCGGGGCUGUCUGAUUUGGUGGCGAAUUGCGUGAAUCUGGUGGAGAUUGAUUUGUCGAACGCGACGGAGCUCAAGGACUCCGCCAUGGCGGCGAUUGCUCGGGCGAGGAGCUUGGAGAGGCUGUGUUUGGCGAGAUGUAAGUCGAUUACCGAUAUCGGGAUUGGGUGUAUUGCUGUGGGGUGCAGAAAGCUGAGGUGGCUGAACUUGAAAUGGUGCUUGGGUGUGGGUGAUUUGGGGGUGGAGCUGAUUGCUGUUAAGUGCAGUGAUAUGCGGAGUUUAGAUCUCUCUUACUUGCCGAUCACGAGUAAGUGUUUAUCGCAAAUCUUGCAGUUGCAACAUCUCGAAGAUUUGGUGCUGGAAGGAUGUUACGGCCUUGAUGAUGACAGCCUUGCAGCCCUCAAGCUAGGAUGCAAAUCGUUGCAGAAACUGGACAUGUCAAGCUGUCAAAACAUAAGCCACAUAGGCUUAUCUUCUCUAACCGGUCUUGCUGGAAGCCUAAAGCAGCUCAACCUGUCGUACGGUUCUCAAGUUGAUCUCGAUCUAGCUACUAGCCUGCGAAAUCUUUCCAUGCUGCAGUCCGUAAAGCUAGAUGGCUGCCAGGUCACUUGUUCCGGGCUCAAAGCCAUUGCAAAAUGGUGUGUUUCGUUAACAGAGCUGAGCCUAAGUAAAUGCACGAGUGUAACGGAUGAAGGGCUGUCAUCCAUAGUCGCUAAACACAAGGACAUGAAAAGACUGGACAUCACUUGCUGCCGCAAAAUUACAAAUAGGUCCGUAGCCAGAAUCGCAGAUUCUUGCACCUCGCUCGUUUCCCUGAGGAUGGAGUCCUGCACGUCAGUUCCAGCCGAAGCUUUUGCUCUGAUCGGGCAGAGUUGUCAUUUUUUGGAGGAGCUUGAUGUCACAGAUAAUGAAAUCGAUAAUGAUGGUCUGAAGUCGAUAUCCAUGUGCACUCGCCUCACGAGCUUGAAACUCGGAAUCUGUUUAAACAUAACCGACGAGGGGCUUAUCCAUAUCGGCCAGCGAUGUUCACAGCUCAGAGAGAUUGACUUAUACAGAUCAGCUGGAAUUACAGACUCGAGUAUUUCAGCCAUAGCUUGCGGUUGCCCAGGACUCGAGAUGAUCAACAUAGCCUAUUGCGACUUCAUUUCCGAUAGCGCGCUGAUGUCACUAGCAAAAUGUUCGAAACUGAACACGCUCGAAACUCGAGGUUGCGCUCUAAUUACAUCCUCGGGCCUAGCAGCUGUUGCCGCGGGUUGCAAGCAGCUUUCCAAAUUAGACAUUAAAAAGUGUGGCAACAUUGAUGAUGCUGGCAUAAUGCAUCUUGCAAACUUCUCUCAAAACCUCAAACAGAUAAAUCUGUCAUAUUCAUCUGUCACGGAUGUGGGACUUUUAUCACUCGCGAGUAUAAGCUGUCUGCAAAGCUUAACUGUUCUCCACCUGGAAGGUUUGACACCAAUCGGGCUUUGUGCUGCACUUUUGGCAUGUGGUGGAAUAACUAAGGUGAAGCUUCACUCCUCGUUUAAACCUCUUUUGCCACAACGCUUUUUCCAUCAUUUGGAGGCACGCGGCUGCACUUUUCAGUGGAGAGCAAAAACAUUUCAGGCCGAGUUGGAUCCCAAGUGUUGGAAAUAUCAGUUGGCCGACGCAGAAUAA